AUGUGUGGCUGCAGAGCAAGCGUUCCCAGCACGAAGCAGUACUCGGUCAAUCAGCCAGCUCCUGCUUCCACCAAAAAAAGCCCUUCGGCUGCAGCAGGCAUGCCCAAGCGCAUACCUAUAGCCAAGCAGCUGGCAUCAAUAAAAGCUCUAGGAAAAGGCUCAGAACUUGAAAAAGCUUUUACUACCGUGGCUUUGGUGUAUAACAACUCUGCUGACCCCGAGGGCAAGCUCAGCAAAGCUGAAACCAAAAGCUUGCUGCAAACCCAGUUUUGGCGUUUCAUACAGGGCCAAGAAAACAAACCAAAAUACCAGGAAAUAAUUUCUGCCCUGGAUGAGGAGUCGGAGAACAAAAUUGAUUUUGAAGAUUUCAUGAUCUUGUUAGUCAGUCUCACUCUAAUGUCUGACCUGCUGCAGGAGAUCAAAAAUGUGAAAACCACAAAAUGAUCAGUGCUUUAAAAGAAGAAAUAGCUUGGCACUUUAUCAGGAAAGCAGGAGUGAACCACACACAGAGAUAACACUGAGUGCCUGGAUACCCUGUGCUGGUCCCUUGUAAAUGGAAUAAAGUCUUGUCCAAACGUGGCUGAACUCACUCCUCUGUAGAAAUGGCCCGUGGAGUGAAACGUUGGUGCUCAGGGCUUCGUGUCUGCUACGUAUGUGCUUUGGGGGGGUGUGCUGACCGGCUCUCGGUGGGUCCCAAGGCCCCAAACCCAGUUAGCAGCUGGGUGCAGCCCCCAGCCCAGCUUAACGACAGGGAAAGGCAGCCCAUGCUCUCCCAGAC